AUGGCAUUCGACGGAACUUGGAAAGUGAACCGSAAUGAGAACUACGACAAGUUCAUGGAAAAAAUGGGAAUCAACAUGGUGAAGAGGAAGCUUGCGGCUCAUGACAAUCUGAAACUGGUCAUCACACAGGAGGGGAACAGAUUCACAGUCAAAGAGUCCAGCAACUUCCGAACCAUUGACAUCGUGUUUGAACUUGGCACUGCCUUUGCUUACAGCCUAGCGGAUGGAACUGAACUCAGUGGGACCUGGAGCCUUGAGGGAGAUAAACUUGUAGGAAGAUUCAAACGGGUAGACAAUGGAAAGGAGCUGAAUACUGUCCGAGAAGUUACAGGUGAUGAGCUCAUCCAGACCUACACGUAUGAAGGAGUAGAAGCCAAGAGGAUCUUUAAAAAGGAAUAA